AAGUAUAAACAAGUUGGAAGGGAGGACGUCCAUGCUGUGUUUUACAAGGCGAGACGGUAAUACCAGGUAAAUACAGAUUUACCUGUUGUAUCACAUGUACAGUAGUACGCUGAAUCAAUACUGUGUAAAGCUUUCAUUGUCAGAUGGCACAGUAACUUGGAUAUUUUAUAUUUACAUGCAUACAUUCUUUUACAUCUGUGCCACGUUGAAUAGGCAAGUUGGGAUAGUGCAACCAAGUCAACAUGUCAAAGUCUGACAGUGAGAUUGAGAUAAAUGCAGCUAGUGACGUUGAGAAAGAUGCUAAAGCUGAGAGUAAAGCUGAGACUACAAAUCCACUGGAUCGAGCAAAGAUCUCGAAAGUUGAAGCCGUCUCAAUGAUCUUUAUAUUUAUACUGAUCGAUGUCGGGAAGCAAACAUCAAGCUACGCUGUAAAAUACUACAACAAUGGGAAAUAUCCGAUACCUCAAACCAUGAUAGUCGCAGUGACAGAAUAUCUCAAAUUGUCUCUUGUGUUUGGCAAACUUGUGUACGAUGGUGUGUUAAGUGAUGUAAAACUUUCUUUAAAGUUUGCAAUUCCAUCUAUAAUUUACGCUGUUAAUAAUAACAUUUACUAUUUCGCUUUUUAUUACACCACCCCAGCAGUGUGGAAUAUACUCACACAAUUUAGGAUUAUCUUAACCGCUGUUGUAUAUCGUGUGAUCUUCAAAAGGGAAGUGACUAGACUACAAUGGGGUGCUCUUAUGCUGUUGAUAUUUGGGAUCGUGCUGACACAACGGACCAGUAGUGAUCACGGAGACGAGGGAGGAAAUUUGCUCAAACCACAGGCACUUAUUCUUGCCCUGGUUGUCUGUGGACUCUCAGUUGUGGGCUCAGUUUAUAUGGAGUAUCUAUUUAAAAAUGAUAAGAGGACUUUCUUUGAACAACAGUUGCAGUUAUACAUAUUUGGAUCUAUGGCAGCUAGUAUUUUCUACUUUGGGGAGAUCAAGUCGACUCCUUCCUGGGAACAAUGGCAAGAAGUUCCCGUGACUGCAAUUGGUUGGCUGAUCUUAUGUAUAUUUCUGAGUGGAAUUAUCGGCAUUUCCGUUGCGCUCAUCGUGAAAAAACUGGACAAUAUUGUCAAAAUUUACACGCAAGCUCUUUCAAAUAUGGCUACUACGAUUAUUUCGGCGAUCCUAUUCCCUGAUCAUUUGAAACUAAACGUAACAUUUGCAGUAGCGUUGGUGGCAGUGUUUACGGCAAUUCACCUGUAUGAAAGGAAACAUAUUAGAUGUUGAUAUUUCAGGAAAACAUUUGAGAUGGGUAUUCUUCCACGAGCAAUAUUAUUAACAUUAAACAAUGCUUAAAAAUAUCCAGAAUCAUAUAUAAUAGUACCUGUGGGCGUAUUAUUUGGAUUGUUAUAGUUCCAUAUAUUAUGCUUGGCCUUGGAAAAUAUAAGUAUGGCAAAAUGGUAUGGAUGUGCAAAAGAUUAUAUUGCAAUACUAGGGAGGGUCAUCCUUGGUCCAAGGGUAUUUC